UUCAUCUCACAAAGCAUCGAAACCUAAUACAAACAUCUCCACAAACACUUCGCAUAUGCACACAUGGUUCUUAGUUCUUACUAGCCAGCUAUAUAUGAUCCAUCCCCGGUCACAGUUUUAAGGGCGAAACAUGUGUCCUCCGGCCGUUCCCGAUAGGACACUUCAGACUUUCCCACCCGAGAGGCACACUAACCUCGUACGCCGACGGGGAGGCCUCAUCUCCGUCCCCGGGAGGCUCUGGAAGGCUCCGGAGACCCGCCCGGGGUACUCACAGCACCGUUUGACGAAGCUGCUUCUGAAUGUGACGAUAGAGAGGAGCCUGGGGCCCGUGCAAGUGGUGAUGUCGCCGGAGAACACGGUCAAUGAUUUGAUAAAGUCAGCGGUAGAUAUUUACGUCGAGGAGAAGAGAAGGCCUUUGGUGAAGGACACGGAUCCGCACAGAUUCGAGCUUCACUACUCACAGUUCAGUCUGGAGAGCUUAAAGGCAGAUGAGAAGUUGAUAAAGUUGGGAUCUAGAAAUUUUUUCUUGUGCUCAAAUUCAUCAGGUUCAGCUGCCGUUUCAUCCAACAGUGGCAGAACUCCUUCGAAUUGCUCAGAGGAUGCAAGGGAGAAACUCAAUUCUCCACUUCCAUUGAUAAUGUUAAUGGAUUUCUUGCUGUAAUUUCUCUUUUGUACGUUAAGUUCAUACAUUUGAUAUAUGUAGGUGCGCAUGUGUAUAUGCAUGUAAGUUUAAACCUCUUUGUUGUUGUGUUUCUGCCAAAGAAAUGUAAG